AAAUCACACGCGUCGGCGCCGGGUACCACCGAUUAACCCUCCACUUCCUCCCCCCUUCCCCUCCUGCUUCCAUUAUACCCCUUUGUUCGAGAGCGGCGCUUUGCUCUUCGCGUCCAUCGGAUCCCUCAGGCGUAAGUUUGUCCCGGAUUCUGCUUGCACAACAAAUGUCUUUUGACAUCAGAAAGGACUGUUCCUGGUUUCUUUGCUGUGACUUUUGGUUCAUAUGUCGUAGUCGGUUGUGGUGUUCUUAUCGAGUAUCAUUUCGGCACUGGACUUGAUAAAUAUUAGGAGGUUUUGGCUUGGAACUGGACUUUAAUCUAUACACAAAGGAUUUACAUAAUUUUUGGUUGAAGCUUUCUUGUUCCAAGUUUACGGAGAUUAUCACUGCUAUCAAAUCCAGGAUAGUAUUGAUAAGUGCAGAUAUCCUCUUUUGCUGCUGGACUAAAUCACAUUUCAAAUUUCAUUUUAGCAUAGACAGGAAACUCUUCAUCUUGAUGGCUAUGACCUCGCUUCCACCGGGCUUUCGUUUUCACCCAACUGAUGUUGAACUUGUUUCGUUCUACUUGAAGAGAAAAGUAAUGGGGAAGCCUUUCAGGUUUGAAGCUAUUGCUGAAGUCGAAUUGUACAAAUUUGCCCCUUGGGAUCUUCGAGAAAAAUCGCAAUUGCGUAGUAAAGAUCUCGAAUGGUAUUUCUUCUGCCCUCGAGAUAAAAAAUAUCCUAGUGGCUCUAGGUCAAAUCGGGCAACUGAUAUUGGUUACUGGAAGGCUACUGGAAAGGAUAGGCCUAUCAUUCAUAACACUAGUACAGUUGGGAUGAAGAAGACUCUAAUUUUCCAUGAAGGGAAGCCUCUAAAAGGCAGUAGGACUGAUUGGGUGAUGUAUGAGUACAGACUAGAGAACAGAGAAAUGGCUGAUGCUGGAUUGGUGCAGGACACAUUCGUACUCUGCAAGAUCUUCCAAAAAAGUGGUGCAGGUCCUAAAAUCGGGGAGCAAUAUGGUGCACCAUUUAACGAAGAGGAUUGGGAGGAUGAAGCAUCUACUGAGAAUCCUUUUCCUCUUCCUUGUGUGUCUUGCCCAAGUCAGUUACCAUUAGAUAAUCAGACAAUACAAUUGGAACCUGUUAGUCAGCAACCUGCGGCUUCUAGUCACAUUGAGGUGUCUUCUGAUCCUGAUCUUCUUGUUGCUGAUGGAAUAUUUCAGGAGGAGCUUGCAGAGGUUUGUAAUAGCUCUCCGCGCGUAGAGAAUGCUAAUGCCACGGCAUUCAUGAUGCCUGAUUCAGCCAUUCUCGACAUGAAUGUUAAUGAAACCUCUGCACUGGAUGCUGAAGGAAUGUAUAAUGAAUUAGAAAACCUCUCAGAUCAGGCAAUCAUUUCUGGCAGUACCAAUCACCCUGAAAACAUUUCCAGUGAAACUGCCUUGUAUCCUAUGCUUUCAGAACUUGAUAGUGAACAGUAUGUGGAGCUGAAUGAUAUUCUUUUUACUGGGAUUAGUAACCUCCCUGAUACCAUCAUGCUAAAUGAUCCAUUUGCUUGGAAUCCAUCAGCUCAUUUUCCCAAUUUUCAGGAUCUGACUUACAUACCUGAUCCAAUCUCAUACUUAAAUAACGAAGCUAUCACUGCUAUGUAUGAUCCUCUUCAAGCAGGACCUUGUAUCAUGGGGGAACAACCUUCAUUGAAUAUGCAGAUUGAAGAUUGUUGGGAAAUUAUAUCUCAUCUGAAUGCACCUGUUUCUGAACAUGAACACUAUCAUCCUUUGCAAGAAUUCCUCCAUCCAGCGUCGGUAGCCCAUUCUGGUGAUCUGUCCCAACCAUAGAAAAUCAUAUCUUGUCAAAGUCACGUGCCUAUAGUUGCCGAGAAAGCUUACGGAGAAAAGGAAAGAAAAGAGUGUUCCGUGUUCUGCCCAUAAGAGAUGAUCAUUACAAUAUUUCUGUGUGUUUCUAGAUACAUUUGAACACUUGGACAGAGAAGGAACUGGUUGCUUGCCUCUGCAGAAACUGACCUAGGACCUUCGGAAUCCAGUGGAAGUUGAUCCAUGCCAUUGUGGAUUCAGUUCUUUGCAAUCUAUUUGUUUGUGAUGGUCGUGUAUUCCUUCAAGAUGUCACUUCAUGAUCUUCUUACGGUGAUCGACCGGAGUGUCGCUCACUGCAUUUGUUGUAUGUAUCAGGCCUCUGCACUUGCAAGACACAGGCCUUGGAAACGAGGCCUUGAACUGAAGUGUAUCACUGCUAGGCUCUGUUAUUUAAUGACAAAAAAGACGAGUCUAUAACUUUUGAAUCAA